UUUAACCCAUUUCCCACUGAACCAUGGCUGAUCCCACGGAUGGGUUCACCCCAGUCCCUCUACAUCAAUCAAAUUUCGAGGUCCAAAAGCCCUGUGAUGUCCCUCAAAACCAGCGUUACAGCCACAUCAAUGGCGUCCACAAGCUGUGGGUGUACUCCACGGACAAGGCUCACACCACUACCAGCCACACUGCCCCACGGACCGAAAUCCGUAUUCGGGGAUGUGAUUAUUCUUCGGGUGUUUGGCAAUUUGAAGGAUAUGGAUCCGUGCCAAGCGGGACCACUGGUGUGUCCAUCAUGCAGGUGUUCGGAGCCACCCAUCGAGCCACAACCUUAAUGGUUAGAGUUUAUGAUGGUUCACUCACCAACUACAGAAGUCCAGCGCUAGUAUCUGAUAUUUACAGCAGGUGGUUCCGGUUGAAUGUGAUUCAUGAUGCAGAUGCUGGAAUAGUAAAGAUUUACAUUGAUGGAGAUCUGAAGUAUGAGGGUCCGGAUGAUGGCGGCAAGUCUCAUUACUUCAAGUUUGGGGUUUAUGAGCAGAACGACAGUUCCAACUACAUGGAGUCGCGUUGGAAGGAAAUCAAAGUUUUCAAGAAAUAAUCACUCGCAGAAAA